GUCACUAUUUUUUCUUUCCCAACUUCCUCUUUCUGUGCCCUUGCUAUUAAUUAUGUCACGUCACCUUCCUCAUCUUCCUGUUUAACCGUUUCCACGCAGCAUUUUGAGUGUAUUUUGGUGUCGUCCAUUGGAGUGACACAAUGGAGCGGCUGCUUUAUAUGACAAUUAUCAUGACAGUCAUUAAAGCUGCAUUUAGUUUCAAUAUUGAGCCUGUGGCUUGGAGGUCCUUGAGGAACCCUGCAGAAGGUUUUGGAUACCAGAUAGUGCAAAGACAAUCGGACUUGCUGGUCAGUGCGCCCCUCGUUCAGUACUCUCAAAACAGAAGGGGGCAAAUAUUUAAAUGUUCCACUGAGUCCUGCAGUGUGCUGGAAAUUUCAGAGCCAAAUUUUGCGGUCAACAUGUCUCUGGGUUUGACCAUGACGGUUGAUGCCUCCAGACGAAACACGAUGGUUUGUGGUCCAACCAUCCCGAAAGACUGUGGACCUAUCACCAUGUACAAGGGUCUAUGCUUGGAGAUAGAUCAACUGGAUCGGGUCAGAAACCGUGUGCCUUCUUCUCUUACAGAGUGCCGAAACCGAGCAGACAUAGCGUUUCUGCUGGAUGGCUCAGGUAGCGUGGUUGCGGAAGAUUUUGAAAGAAUGAAGAUUUUUAUCAGCAAUCUCAUCAGCACCUUUGUAGACAAAGACUCCAAGUUUGCUAUUGCCCAAUUCUCCACAGGUCCGACCAUCCAUUUUUAUUUUGAUACCUUCAAUGUUGAUAACUGGCAAAAUGAUAUUAAUACCAUAACCCAGAUUAAGGGAUCGACGUACACAGCUAAAGCAAUCGAACAUGUUGUGAAUAAUACCUUCGUGCCAGGAAGAGGCUCUAGAGCCAAUGUGAAGAAGAUUCUAAUCGUGAUCACUGAUGGACAAUCCAAUGACAGCGGUGAAUUGUCAUCUGCAGCAACUGAAGCCGAAAAAAAAAAUAUAAUUCGAUUUUCUAUCGGGGUGGGAAAUGCAUUUAAUCUGUCCAGUGCAAUAACCGAGUUGAAUGCCAUCGCGUCGUCUCCGUCACAAAAGUAUGUGUUUAGAGUGGACAACUUCAAAGCGCUUAAAGAAAUACAGCGGACUUUGGAGGACACCAUCUUUGCUAUUGAAGGGUCUCAGUCAAGUGGAGAGACGCUGAAAAUGGAGAUGGCUCAGGAAGGAUUCAGUGCAGCUUAUGUGCCUGGAGGGAAACGGAUAGCGGCUGUCGGAGCAAACCAAUGGAGAGGAGGCUUCCUGACGUAUACAAACCAGAUGGAAAGUCCAUAUUUGCCUACAAAAAUUGACUCUGAUAGCUAUUUGGGUUAUUCCAUGGCGAUUGCCAAAACGCCAUAUGCCACGUUGACAGUUCUUGGUGCUCCGAGAUAUAAGCACAGAGGAGUUGUGAUGGUGAUUUACCCAAACGGUGUUGACCAAAUAGAUCCCUUUAAAUGGCAGGUGUAUCAGAUUGGUGAAUAUUUCGGGGCGGUCGUGUGCGCCAUGGAUGUGAAUGGAGACGCCAACACGGACGUCAUCCUCAUAUCCUCCCCCAUGUUUGUGGAAGAAGACAGAGAGGGGAGGGUUUAUGUUUGCAUCAUAAACACUUUGAAAGUUGAGUGUAGUUUCGACGAUCCGGUGGUACUAAAAGGAGUCGAAUCGCGCAGAGGACGAUUCGGCGCAUCACUCGCCGCACUUCCCGACCUCAACGCUGAUAGCCUAAAUGAUUUGGCAGUGGGGGCGCCUCUGGAGGAUGAUGGUCAAGGCAGUAUUUAUAUAUUUCACGGUGAAGGAACCGGAAAGAUCACUCCCACGUUCUCUCAGAGAAUUGCAGGAUCAAAAGUCAAGGCGGGGCUUAGGUUCUUUGGAAUGUCCAUCAGCCAGUCCUCUUCGGACCUCAGCAGGGACAACCUGCCUGACCUGGCGGUGGGUUCAAAACGAACUGUCGUCUUUCUCAGAUCCAGACCCAUAGUCAUGGUUGAAACGGCGUUGUCCUACAUGCCGAAGCAAAUCUCCAUUCAGAAUGCUGACUGCACCAAACCGAUGGACAACAAAGUUGACAUCUGCUUUAUGAUGAUCAGACGCUCCAAAGAGGGUGUCCAAAGAGCUACAGCAAAGGUUAAUUAUACUUGGACGCUGGAUGCCACCCGCAAGGUGCCCCACAACCGAGCUUAUAAUGGUGACCAAAAUCGGAAUCGAGAAACGACUGGGAGUAUUAUUCUCGAUCUAGCACAGCCGAAAUGCUUCAAGGUGAACUUUGUCAUUGAGCCCUGCCCAGAUGAUGCUUUGAAUCCUCUUUACAACGAGCUCAGAUUUACAUUUGAGGGUUUGCCUGGGGACAAUAACCUAAGUCCGAGUCUGGCACAGCAUGCCCAGACCACCAAGUUUCAUCCGUUAGCCUUUGAGAUCAACUGCGGCAGAGACAACAAAUGCGAAGAUAACCUCCGGUUGGAUUUCAACUUUACCAGCUCUUCAGAGGUUAGAGUGGGAAUAGAUGAGCUCUUGAAUGUCACCGUAUCCGUGGAAAACCUGGCGGAAAACUCCUACAACACCCUCGUUCUUCUUACAUACCCGGAUGGCUUCUCCUACAGGAAGUUCACAAGCCUUCAGGGCAGAAUCGAGUGCAACUCCUUGGACAGCGAGGCUGGUUUAUCUCGUGGCAAGACAGACUGCACCAUUGAUAAGCCCAUUUUCAGGAGCGACUCCAAGGCUGUCUUCAUUGUGUCAUACGGCAUCGAAACUAACAGCCAGCUGGACAACCGUAUUUUUGUCACUGCAAAUGCAACAAGUGGGAACGAGCGACACUCUGCUUUAAGCCAACUCUACAAAAUUCAAGAAAUUGGUGUCAAGUACAGCAUUUUCAUAACAAUGGAGAGUUCUCUCAGCUAUGUGAAUUUCACCUACGGAAAGAAUCAUCUGCAGAAAUCAGUCCAGUCAUCCUUUCUGGUUACAAACAACAUCCGAGCCCUGAACUUCACCGUGGUGAUCAGGGUCCCAAUCAAACUUGGCGAUAAGAACAUUUGGGCAGAUUUGAGCACUCUUCAGAUUCCUGACUGCCAAACACACAUCGACGAAGACGCUAAGAUCCUGGAUUUUGUUGGUCAGAUACAAAAAAAUAAGAUAAUUGACUGCUCAGUCGCAACAUGCAGGGUAUUUAAGUGCAACAGCUUCAUGGGAAGACUGGAGGGCAAACGGCACACAAUCUCCACCAACAUGAGUUCAGAAUGGAUCCAGCAGAUUGGGCUCACUGAGGCCAAGUUCAUGUUGACCAGCACGGCCAGUCUGGAGUACGACCGGGACAAGUACAUCUUCUAUUCCACAUCAUCUAAUAACAAUCCUCCGGUUCGCAAGAUUGAGACUGUGGUCGAAGUGUAUCCUCAACCGGAUUUUACCAAAGAGAUAGUAGGAGGUUCUUUUGGUGGCUUGGCUUUAUUGGCUUUACUCACGGCUGUCCUUUAUAAGGCUGGAUUUUUUAAGAGUAAAUACAAGCAGAUGAUUACGGAUGCCGAUGGUGCAGAAACAGACGGGCUUGAAGAGGCCGUGGCCACACAGGACUAAAUAAUUCAAUUUGGCAUUUUCAGUGUAACGUCCAACGUCCACGACGUCCAACGUCCACUAUUGGUGAUGCACAUUUGAUACAUUUUUACUCUACAACAUAUAGUAAUAAUGCACUAUGUACAAAUACUUUUUGAAUUGCUUUGUAUAAGCAAUUUUAAUUGUACAGUAAACAACACAUGAACAUCUCUGAUACGUACUUCAUGAUUUUGAAUUUUCAAGAAAACACUUCCAUUAGAUAAAAACGUAUUUCUACAUGCGAUUAAAUGCAGUUAAUUCUGAGUUAACUGGACAAAGAGAGAGAGUUUUGGACUUAAACUUUUAAUAAAAUGAAUGAACAGUUCAUUCCUACUACAAUGAGUGGGUCUAACCUAGUAACACUAACACUGGUAGUCCCGCAAAAAACACGUAAUGAUCACUUUACACGUUACCGAUGCUGUCGAAAACGCUAAAAUGCUAAAGCUAAUUACCAUUCAGAGACGUCUUAAAGUAACCUUUAAUUGAGCAACUUCGUCUCUACUUCCUGAUAUUAAUAUGGCAAAUGUAAAUAAACAUUUAUAAUACAUUUAUAAGAGUAAUUUUAAAUUGAAAUAUGUUAUUUAUGAAAAUUAGUAUUUUAAUGAAAAUGCCCUGUGAGAGGUGAACUAUUGUGCUUGGAGUUUGCACUGGUAUAGAAUUGCAUAGUAGCAUCGAUCAUAAAAAAAGUAUUAUUAAGUUAGUAAGUAAACAUAUAAGUAUUUUGUAUUGGCUAACUAUUACAAAUAUAAUGAUGAAAAAUAGAAACUUGCUAAAUUUAAACAGUAAAAAAAAAGACAUUUUAAAAUGCUGUAGAAAACGCUAAAAUGCUAAAGCUAAUUACCAUUCAGAGACGUCAGUCAUUAAGUAACCUUUUCUUGAGCAACUUCGGAAUGUCCACUCUCUACUUCCGGAUCGGAUCGGGAUCCAACACAUACAGCUGUAUGUAGCGGACACUUUAAAAAGAUAAAUCGCCAUUCAUUACCAACUCCUAUGAAGUUGGGUUCAGCGGCUAUUCUGAAGUCCUCAUGAGCACUUGGGAGUGUGACCAAGCACAGGUGUAAUAUACAUUAAAACAGACUGU